CUUUCUCGCUCUAUUUAAAUCUCUUUCCUUUCUCUCCCUGGAUUUUCAUUUUCUCUCCAUCUCUCUGCCUCACCCUCUCUGUUUAGCUCUCUUUGUACUUUUUCCACUUUCUUUCUCCCUACUGUGCUCUCACUCUUUGUCUCUGUACUCUAUCCCUGUGUUCUCUCUCUCUCUCUCUGUUCACUCUCUCUCCUCUCUCUCUUGCUCUUUCCCUGUAUUUGCUCGCACUCGCUCGCUCUCUUUCGCUCUCUCUCGCUCUCUCUCUUUCUCUCUCUCGCUCUCUCUCUUUCUCUCUUUCUCGCUCUCUCUCUCUUUCGCGCUCCCUCUCUCUCAAGAGUUUAAAGUAGUCCCACCUGGCCAGCACUUGAACUUGAUUUUUUAUUUUAUUUUUUUAAAGAAUAAAAGGAAGAACUUCACAGAAACUCAUCACAUGAAGCUUUGAAGACCCUGAGCAGUUUUGGACCUGCCUUACACAAAUGCUGAUGGAGGACCCCACAGCCGUCUCUUAGGUUCUUGACUGACAGCUGCUGUGAGGUGUAACUAUGGCGACAGAGGUGAAGGCGGAGCUGCUGGAGAGCCGUCUGAGCAUGGAGGACUUUAUGAAGAUGCAGAGUUUGUUCCUGAUGUCUGGCAGCUCUGUUCUGCCGAUGUCCAUGCAGCGCGCAGAGUUUGUGGAGCGGUGCUGCUCUGUGAUUGGCCGUGGCUCUCAGGAAGAGUACAGCCACUUGUUUGACAGUGUGGACGUGUCCAGAGAAGGCUGGGUGGACUGGGAGCGAUUGGCCACGUUCCUCCUGCUGGGCCUGUCCAAUAAGGAGGAGCACGCCAAGGCGGCAGCCGUGCCCCGCUGGAGACCCGCCCGCACGCUGCCCACACCCCACAGAGACACCAUACACAGCAUCACCCACCUGCCCACCAGCGGACGUUACCUCAGUGUGAGUAAAGAGGGCACACUGGCUGUGUGGGAUGAGAAGAACCUCACACUGCUCCGGAACCACCGUCUCAGCAAUGACUCAGUCAAACCAAAAGACCUCUGGGUAACGGGCAUGGUCGUGCUGCCCAAUGUGCACAAGAUUGCCUGUUCCUUCACCAGUAAGGAGAUCUGUUUCUAUGACCUGCUCUCUAAGCAGGAGCUCAGUCUGCAGUAUAAGCUCCAUGGCCUGCAUUACACUCCCAUCAGCCUCCACUACUGGCAUCAUCCCCAACGUCCAGAGCAGGCUGUGCUUAGCUUUGGGGAUGUAGGGGGACAGGUGAGUGGUGUGUGUUUCAGGUCUGCGCUGAUCUCUCUGUUUGAGCGGCCGAGUGCAGCUGUGGAGCAGGACUCUGCGGUCAGUAUCAGCUGGGCCGAGCUCCAGCAGGGCUGCCAUCGCUGCUGCUACACCGUCACACACACCGCACACACAGGACACUGGGUACGCACAGUGCGGUUCCUGGGGUCUCUGGAAGCUUUUGUGUCCUGCAGCAGUUCCGCUCAGAACAGCAUGGUACUGGCCUGGAGAGAGGGGGAGACCAGACCUCUCAGAGUUGCGACUUUCCACACAGAGAACGGAAUCAUUGAUCUGGACUACCACCCUGGACUCAACUUCAUUGCCACAGCAGGUGAGAAUAAUCAGGUGUGCCUCUGGAACCCCUACCUCAUCUCCAAACCUGUGGGCGUCCUCCGAGGUCAUGUAACCAGUGUGGUGGCAGUGCGCUUCAUGCUGGGAAAGAAGCAACUGAUCAGCUUUUCAAAAGACAAGGUGUUAAGGGUGUGGGAUAUGGCCACUCAGCUGUGUGUCCAGCGCAUUGCAGGCAUCUUCCCUAAAACUCAGGAGUGCAGGACCCUCCUCUUCUUCCACGAGGAGCGAUCGCGCCUCUUCCUCUCUUUCAACAGCGCUCUGCUCCUGCUGGAGGCGAAGAAAGAGUCGGGGAGGAGAGUGAUGAGUCACGAAAGUGCUGUCACCUGCGUCCUUUACAACUCCCUCUUCAGACAGGUCGUGAGCAGUGAUGCGAGCUCAGCAGUGACUUGCUGGCUCAUGGACACAGGCCAAAAGGUCAAGCAGUUUCAUCGCUGUCACGGCGACGCGGAGAUCUCGACCAUGGCGCUGGACACCACACAGACGAGACUUUUCACCGCCGGCACGGAUGGCGUGGUCAAGGUGUGGGACUUUAACGGACACUGUCACCACAGCCUAAACGCAGGCCGAGGCCUGGCAGUGGAGAUCGCUCAGAUACUGGUGCUGAAGAGGACAGUGUUGGUGCUUGGCUGGGAGAGGACGAUCACAGUGUUCAGGCUGAACUCGUUCUCUCAGUAUUUUGUCCAGCCAGCGGAGUGGAAGGGUGGAGUUCAGCACCGGGACGAUGUUGUCUGUGCAGCCUUCAGAUCCCCUCAGACUUUGGUUACAGGCAGCAGUGAUGGUGAGAUUAUUAUGUGGAACAACAGCACUGAAAUUGCCCUUUGCAAACUCAGCUCGGACUCAACUCCACCCCAGGACCUGAAAUCCAAGUCAGAUAACACCUUGAGUAAAACUAGCAUUUCAAAUGCUAGACGACCAUCCACAAACUCUGCUUCCAAGCUGCUCGCCCUCUGUGGCAAGGAGGACUCGGAAAGUUAUGGCAUCACCAGACUGGCUGUUGUGGAAGGCCGAAUGGGAGCAGCUGCAACAGGUGGUGCUGAUCUCGUAUCCUGUGGGGGUUUGGGUGUUGUCCGUUUCUGGAACACUAUAAGCCGUCGUCUUGUGGGUGAAUUUGUGGCCCACAAAGAUUCGGGGUCCAUUGUACUGACAGUGGACAGCAGUGGACGCUACCUGGCCACAGCAGACAUGGACGGAAGGGUGAAGGUGUGGGAUAUACAGGAUUACUGCCUCCACCCCACUGAGACUGUAACCAAUCAGGCUCCAGCGCUGCUCUCCAGUCUUCGGCCUCAUGUCAAUUGUGUCACCCACCUUGAGACGUGUGUUCAUGGUGACCAGCUCUUCCUCCUCAGCGCCUCGACGGACUGCAGCCUGGCACUCAGCUUCUUGCCUGGACCCACCAUUGGGAUAUUUGGUCAGGAGGUGCACUGGCACUUGGGUGGACCUGGUGUAGGCUUGCUGGAGAAAGUGAAGGAGGUGAAAAGUGAGACGAGUCGAGAGACAGAUGAGUCCAGCAAAGUCCAGCAAAGCUCUUUCUGCAACCUGGAGAGUCCACAGAGUCCAGAAAGUGCAAGAACUGACCACCACACCCCGGCUGAGGAUGAGGAUGAAGAGAAGUCUGGCACACAGCAACCCCACAUCCUCUGUGACAGUGUUGCUGAGCAAGGGCAGGACUCUGAGGACGGGUGUGGCGUAGGCCUGCCGCUGAGUGACAGCAAGCAACGUCCGUAUGUGAAUGGUGUGCAGAACAGCUCUGUGGGUGCACUCAGUGAGCUCAGACUGGAGGAGCUGGACACAGUUGGUGAACUGACCAAGCCUGACUUUGUCAUCAAUCCUCAUUUAUAUUUCGGAUUGAUGUGGGAAUCCUCCGCCCCAACUCCGCCUCCGCUUCCGGAAGCCAGAGAGAAAGGUUUGAAAGCAGCGAUUGAUGAGAAGAGUCUAUUUCCUAAAGAAGUGUUGGAGCAGGUGGACAGACCUCCAGGAGCUCAACAUCAUACACAGAGAGUCAGCAUGAUGAGGAAUUAUGGGAGAUUCAUCGGUAGGAGACUGGGAAAACCGAAGGCCAGCGCCUCUGGAGUAUUCAAAGCUAAAUGAAGCUUCUCUCACCUUUCUGGAUGUUUACAAAGAUAUUGUCAUCAUUAUUAUUUUCUAAUAAACUCAGAAUUAAUCAGUUGUUUUGUUCCUCUGUACAUGUUUACCUCAUUAUUGAUGUUUUGUGUGUGAGUGUGUGUGUGUGUCUGUAUGUAUGUGUGUGUGUGUGUGUGUGUGUGUGUGUUUGACUGCUUGACUGCUAACCUACAAGACCCCCUAAACACUCCUGACUUUGUCAAGUUCUUUUUAUAAACUCUGUCUCCACUA